UAAAGGGUCAGUCCAGGGAUUGUCCUCGAAAGGAGAGGAACUACGUCUGUGUGUGUGUGAGGAAUGAGUGUGUGUGUGUUGUGUUUGCUUAUGCUGAUGUUUGAGGUCAUUUUUUUCACCCUGCACACAGAGGAUAUAAUAAGAACCCACCGCCAUGAGUCGGACCACCUUUUUUGAGGUGAGGGUCCUGGAUGCCAAGACCAAAGAGCAGCUUUGUUUUUUAGAUAAGGUGGAGCCCUACUCAACAAUAGGAGACAUCAAGAGCCUCUUUCACAAAUCACACCCUCACUGGUAUCCAGCAAGACAGGCCCUGAGGCUUGAUCCCAAGGAAAAAACACUCAGAGAUGAUGAAAUCUUACAGAGUCUACCUGUUGGGACCACUGCCACCAUGUACUUCAGAGAUCUUGGUCCACAGUUAAGUUGGACUAUGGUGUUUCUGGCAGAGUGCAUCGGGCCCCUUCUCACCUACCUCCUCUUCUAUUGUCGAGUACCGUACAUUUAUUCUAAUAGAUAUGCCUUCACCUCCAGUCCUCAUCCUGUUGUCACACUAGCCUGUGCCUGUCACACCUUCCACUACAUGAAGAGGUUGAUAGAGACUAUCUUUGUGCAUCGUUUCUCCCAUGGGACCAUGCCUCUCAGGACAAUAGUCAGGAAUUGUGCCUAUUACUGGGGUUUCUCAGCUUGGUUGGCUUACUACAUCAACCACCCUCUUUAUACACCUCCAUCAUAUGGAGAACUACAAGUUAACUAUGCAUUAGUGAUAUUUGUGAUGUGUGAACUUGGCAACUUCUCCAUUCAUCUGACUCUUAAUAAUCUCAGAGGAGAGGGACCCAAGGCCAGAAGGUUUCCUAUGCCAACAAAGAAACCAUUCACAUGGCUAUUUUUCUUUGUAUCCUGUCCAAACUACACAUAUGAGGUUGGAGCUUGGGUGAGCUUCUCCAUCAUGACCCAGUGUCUGCCAGUGGCAUUGUACGCAUUAUUGGGGUUCAUUCAGAUGACCAUCUGGGCCAAAGGGAAGCACAGAGCCUACAGCAGGGAGUUCAAGGACUACCCCAGCCUCAGGAUGGCCAUUAUCCCUCUGAUUCUCUGAUAGUGAUCACAACAUGAAUUAAUGUAGCAUAUAAGACGUGUACAUUCACUCCCUGCAGGUGUUUUUCACUGUGGCUGAGGCCAGCACUAUGCAAGCGUUUGUUUUUUAUAUCAAUGAACUGAAAGGAGUGGGAAUGGGAGCAAUAAUAUUACGGCAAUAAACUAGAGCAUUAUAAAUGGCUGGGAACAUUUUAAUUGUUGAGUUUCAACAAUUGGUUUUAGUUUCUUAGGAGUCUGAUGUGGCGUUAUGAUAUCAACUUUGUACAGAGAUUAGGUACAUCUUCAAUCUGCUGUCAUAUUCUCUACACACAGUCAUAGGAUGUUUUUGAUAUUCAGGACUUGACUGAAGGUCGGAAACGGCACGUCAGCAUUUUAGCAACCCUUAUUCAAAUCAGCGAGCAGUUCUCAUCGCAAGCUGGCUUCUAUAGCCCACAGGUUGUGUCACUCCUUCUCAGUGAUGAACGCUUACAGCACUUAUAAAGUUUUCAGGUUAAGUGAAAGAAAUAAAACACUCUAGGUCAUAAUAAAGUGCCCAUGGAAGCAAACUAGCAGACUGGAAUUUAAAAUGUCACGGCAUCCAUUUGAGAGUGCAACAUAAUUUUUAAGCUCUCAUGAGGAAUGCUGAUAAAGCAGACAUUUAAUUAUGCUAAUACUAAGCUUCUCCGCCGUAUAUCUCAGAUUGUUUUCUUCAGAGAAAUGAAACUGUACUGUAGGUGUGGAACUUCUGGCAUUAAUGUGUGGAAGGCUCAUAAGGUGGUCUGUGAUAACUGCUGUUCUUCUCCAGUCAUUACGCUCUAAUCUCAGGUUUUACUAAACUGUUAAUAACUGUUUUCCAUAAAUGUGAAUGUGAGUAUUCUCAAGGUAUUUGAUUAUAAAACAAAUCAAGCAGGAUGUCCAGAAAUAAAAAGGUCCACAUCUUAAGGAAAAAUUGUAACUUUAUUGGAUGUGAUGACCCUCUCAGAAAAGUCUUUUUUGUGACACUGACUUCCUCUGAUGACACCAGGUGCUGGUUGAAUGCAGACAAAUUACCAAAGUUGCACAUAAUCAUGACAAAGCGCCAAAACUGAAGACAUUGGUGGCAUAAAAAUAUCACAAUACUGAAAUGAAUUCCAUAGCAGCAAGAAGAUUUUGUAAAAAUCAUUAGCUGUAUUGCACUAGCAGGUUUUUUUUAACCAAAAAUCUUGGUAAGAAUUGUGAUGCUUCAAUUAAAGCUGCAUCAAUAAAGUGCUAAGGCUA